GUUGCCCAUCUCUGUAUCCCCAGUGCCAGCACUGCACCUCGCCCCAAGCAGUUGUCCAAUAAAUGAGCAGUAAGUAAACGAAAGAAUGAGCAAAGCCUUGUCACAGGAAAGGGGCCGGCGGCGUCUGCCGUGCAAGACCUGGCCCAGUGGAGCAGAGCCUGGAGGUUCAGGAGCCGGGUCUGGAAGGCUCCUAGGAGCCUGUGAGACAGGGGAGCGGAGCCAGCCCGCGCCUGGCACAAGGCGUCUCAGAGGCCGCCCACUGGGAGCCAACCGUUGCAGCCAGUUGUCCCCACGAGCGAGGCCGGAGAAGGCGCAGCGGCCCCUGGCCUGGCCAUUUCGCCCCUGCGGCAGCUGAACCGCCGACUACUAGCCCCUCCACCGAGCACACGCCCCGCGCACUUCGCUCUCGGCCUCGCCCGGCCACCGUCGCUCUCUAGAACUCCGCGCCCGUGACCCGGAAGAGCAUUCUCCUUAGCAACUGCGGGACUGCGGCGGCGCCGGCCUCCGGGGAGAAACGUGAAUGACAACAGAGCUGCUCAAGGCGGGAACUCUGAGCUGAGCAGUGGAGGUUUCUUUGGAUCUGGAGAGAAGAGUGACCUUGGAGCCAAUAAUGAGCCAUCCUGACUACAGAAUGAACCUCCGGCCCCUGGGGACCCCCAGAGGUGUGUCCACUGUGGCUGGCCCACAUGACAUUGGUGCUUCGCCAGGUGACAAAAAGUCAAAGAACAAGUCCACACGAGGGAAGAAAAAGAGCAUAUUUGAAACUUACAUGUUCAAGGAGGAUGUUUCGGAAGGCUUGAAGAGAGGAACACUCAUCCAGGGUGUAUUGAGAAUUAAUCCAAAGAAGUUUCAUGAAGCCUUCAUUCCUUCCCCGGAUGGUGAUCGAGACAUUUUUAUUGAUGGGGUUGUUGCUCGUAAUAGAGCCUUAAAUGGGGAUCUGGUGGUCGUGAAACUACUUCCCGAGGAGCAGUGGAAGGUAGUUAAACCAGAGAACAAUGACAAAGAAACAGAAGCUGCAUAUGAAUCAGAUAUCCCCGAGGAGCUCUGUGGACGCCAUCUCCCGCAACAGUCCCUGAAAAGCUAUAAUGACAGUCCUGAUGUCAUUAUAGAGGCUCAGUUUGAUGGCAGUGACUCAGAAGAUGGACAUGGCAUCACACAAAAUGUGCUGGUUGAUGAUGUUAAGAAACUCUCAGUUUGUGUUUCUGAAAAAGGAAGAGAGGAUGGUGAUGCACCAGUUACAAAAGAUGAGACCACCUGCAUUUCACAAGACACAAGAGCUUUACUGGAGAAAUCCCUGCAAAGAUCAGCAAAGGUGGUUUACAUCUUGGAGAAAAAACAUUCUCGAGCAGCAACCGGCUUCCUCAAACUCUUGGCUGAUAAGAACAGCGAACUGUUUAGGAAAUACGCCCUGUUUUCUCCCUCAGACCACCGAGUGCCUAGAAUUUAUGUGCCUCUCAAGGACUGUCCCCAGGACUUUGUGGCACGGCCUAAAGAUUAUGCCAACACACUGUUCAUCUGCCGCAUUGUGGACUGGAAGGAGGACUGCAAUUUUGCCCUGGGGCAGCUGGCUAAGAGUCUUGGGCAGGCUGGUGAAAUUGAGCCUGAAACAGAAGGAAUACUAACAGAGUAUGGCGUGGAUUUCUCUGAUUUCUCUUCAGAAGUUCUAGAAUGUCUUCCUCAAGGCCUGCCAUGGACAAUUCCACCAGAGGAGUUCAGUAAGAGAAGAGAUUUAAGAAAAGACUGUAUCUUCACCAUUGACCCAUCAACCGCCCGAGACCUCGAUGACGCCCUCUCCUGCAAGCCACUCGCUGAUGGCAACUUCGAAGUGGGAGUUCACAUUGCCGACGUGAGUUACUUUGUUCCAGAGGGAUCCGACCUGGAUAAAGUGGCUGCUGAGAGGGCCACAAGUGUCUACUUGGUUCAAAAGGUGGUCCCCAUGCUUCCCAGGCUGCUGUGUGAGGAGCUGUGCAGCCUCAACCCCAUGUCUGACAAGCUGACCUUCUCUGUGAUCUGGACACUGACUCCAGAGGGCAAGAUCCUUGAUGAAUGGUUUGGCCGGACCAUCAUCUGCUCCUGUACCAAACUUAGCUACGAGCAUGCACAGAGCAUGAUUGAAAGCCCAACUGAGAAAAUCCCUGCGAAAGAGCUGCCCCCCAUUUCCCCAGAGCAUAGCAGCGAGGAGGUACACCAGGCCGUCUUGAAUCUCCACCAAAUUGCCAAGCAAUUACGCCAGCAGCGCUUUGCGGACGGCGCACUUCGUUUGGAUCAGCUAAAGCUUGCUUUCACUCUGGACCACGAGACCGGAUUGCCUCAAGGAUGUCAUAUCUAUGAGUACCGUGACAGCAACAAGCUUGUGGAGGAGUUCAUGCUCUUGGCCAACAUGGCAGUGGCCCACAAGAUCCACCGCGCCUUCCCCGAGCAGGCCCUGCUGCGCCGGCACCCCCCACCCCAGACAAGGAUGCUCAAUGACCUGGUGGAAUUCUGCGACCAGAUGGGGCUGCCCGUGGACUUCAGCUCCGCAGGAGCCCUCAAUAAAAGCCUGACCCAAACAUUUGGAGAUGACAAGUACUCACUGGCCCGGAAGGAGGUGCUCACCAACAUGUGCUCCCGGCCCAUGCAGAUGGCACUGUACUUCUGCUCGGGGCUGCUGCAGGACCCGGCGCAGUUCCGGCACUACGCGCUCAACGUGCCCCUGUACACACACUUCACCUCGCCCAUCCGCCGCUUUGCCGAUGUCCUGGUGCACCGCCUCCUGGCUGCUGCGCUAGGCUAUAGGGAGCAACUAGACAUGGCGCCCGAUACCCUGCAGAAGCAGGCGGACCACUGCAAUGACCGCCGCAUGGCGUCCAAGCGCGUGCAGGAGCUCAGCACCGGUCUCUUCUUUGCCGUUCUGGUCAAGGAGAGUGGCCCCCUGGAGUCAGAAGCCAUGGUGAUGGGCGUCCUGAACCAAGCCUUUGACGUGCUGGUGCUGCGCUACGGCGUGCAGAAGCGCAUCUACUGCAACGCACUGGCCCUGCGGUCCCACCACUUCCAGAAGGUGGGAAAGAAGCCGGAGCUCACGCUGGUCUGGGAGCCUGAGGACAUGGAGCAGGAGCCAGCACAGCAGGUCAUCACCAUCUUCAGCCUGGUGGAGGUGGUCCUGCGGGCAGAGUCCACAGCCCUCAAGUACAGCGCCAUCCUGAAGCGGCCGGACACCCACGGCCACCUGGGCCCUGAGAAGGAGGAGGAGGAGGAGGAGUCUGAUGGUGAGCCCGAGGACUCAAGCACCAGCUGAGCUCUGCCAGCCGCCUGCCCCACCUGCCUGUCCUGCCACACUGGCUUUAGGAACAGGACCUGUUGACACAGAGGGGGAUUUUUAAUUUGGUUUUUAACAACUCAGGGGUUUGUUUUUACUUUUAUUUAAUUUUUACAGCUCAACUUUUAAACAAACUGCAGGGGAGAGGGUGGGGCUGGAAGGAAGGCUGAGGCCUGGUCAGCAGUGACCCCAGCAGAGCGGGCCCCAGUCCUCCUGGGAGGCCGGCCCCCCUUUUUUCUGGGCCCUACUGCCCUCCUCUGCCCAGGAAAUGGGGGGUUUCUGCAAAUCAGUGUCACAGAAUAAAAUCAAGUGUGGAGUGCCA